AUGGACCUUCAGCUGAACCUGGAUGUGGGCGCCAGGCACGUGAAGCUCUACCUCAACAGCAUGCUGGCGUACGACGGCGAGCUGGCCAAGGGCUGCGGCGACCAGGUGUUGGACUACAGCACCGCGGUGGACCUGAUGCCCCCCCCGGCCCCCGCCACCAGCCCGGCGCCAGGGGGCAGCCCCCUGGGAGGGGGCAGCCCCCGGCGCCACGACGACCAGCGGGGCCCUGAGGGAGGGGGGGACGCGCAGGACGGAACGCAGAUCGCCCCUCUCCCGCCCAUCGUACCCUCCCCUCCACGCCACUCCCCCGCAGAGAAGGACCCCCGGGACCCCCUGGACCUCUCGGGGUCCGAGGGGCCUCUCUCACUCACUGUAGCCAUGGCGACAGUCACCACCCAGCCCCCCCCCUGCAGGGCGGGCCCCCAGUGGCUGCAGCCCCCCAGCAGGGCGGCGCCGGAGAGGGAGCGGCCUCUCUGGCUGCUGGCCUGUGACCCGGGCCGGGCGUGCCGGGCGGGGGACCGGGGGUGCGGCGCUCCGAGAACGGGUCUGGAUCCCCCGGGUGGGGACCUGUUGGGGGAGGGGGGGCGCAGGGCGGACCGGCCCGUCAGCGGGAGGCGGAGCUUGGCCCGCGGCGCUAGCCCCGCCCCCACCCGGCAGACGGAGGAGCAACAGGGAGGCGAUGCAGACGAGCCCCUCUCCCUGGUGGCCCCCCGGAGGCAGCGGGCCCCCCAGGCGGGCCGCCAGCAGGACCACACCCUGCGGGAGUCCUGGGAUUCCCUUCUGCGCUUCAACCAGUGCCAGCGCGGGCGCAUCUCCAACAUGGGCCUGGAGGGGGACAUCUUCGACGAGUUCCUCCGGCGGCAGGGCCGGGCCCCGCUCCGGACCCCCGUCCCCGGGGACCCCCUCGCCCCCCCGGCCGCCGCCGGCCCCUCCCCGGGGGGCGCCCCCCCCCCGCCGUGUGAGGACGGCGAGGACGAAGCUCUGGCGGAGCGGGAGGAGGACUUCGAGAUCCCGGUGCUGCCGCGGGGCCGCUGGCUGGUGGUCCACAUCCUGUCCACCUGGGGGGACCGCCACUACGUGGGCCUCAACGGCCUGGAGGUGUUCAGCUCCAGCGGCGAGCCCCUGAAGCCCGCCCUCAUCAGGGCCGACCCGCCGGACAUCAACGUCCUGCCGGCCUACGGCAGGGACCCCCGCGUGGUGAGCAACCUGCUGGACGGGGUGAACCGCACCCAGGACGACAUGCACCUGUGGCUGGCCCCCUACACCCCCGGCCGCAGCCACGUCCUGUACCUGGACCUGGGGGCGGCCUGCCGCCUGGCCAUGGUCCGCGUGUGGAACUACAACAAGUCCCGCAUCCACUCGUUCCGCGGGGUGAAGGAGGUGGAGAUGGUGCUGGACGGUAGCUGCAUCUUCCGGGGGGAGAUCGCUAAGGCGUCGGGGACGCUGUCUGGAGGUCUGGACCAGUUCGGGGACACCAUCCUGUUCACCACGGACGAUGACAUCUUGGAGGCCAUGUCGCGCUUCGACGAGACCUUCCCCAGCGAGGGGGGGGGUCCGGACGGCCUGGCCCCCGAGGAGGAGCUGCAGCGCCCCCGCACGGCGGACGGCGAGGGGGAGGAGAGACCCUUCACCCAGGCCGGCUUCAGGGAGGAGGACCUGGAGCUGGAGCCGACUCUGGGCCCUGGCACGGCCUGGCACCAGCAGCCCGCCCAGAGCAUGGAGCUCAAUCCUGGGGUGUAUACCGGCAAGAGCCUCAGGCUGGAGCUGGUGCAGACCUGGGGGGACCCCCACUACCUGGGCCUGACCGGGCUGGAGGUGGUGGGCCGGGACGGGGGCAGUCUGCCGCUGGACCUCAGCAUGGUGACCGCCUCGCCCUCCGACCUCAACCAGCUGCCCGGGUACGGCCUGGACGCCCGCACGCUGGACAAGCUUGUGGACGGUCAUAACCUCACCACGGAGGACCACCACAUGUGGCUGGUCCCCUUCUCCAGCGGGGCGCCCCCCCCCACGCUCACUGUCUCCUUCCUGCGGCCGCAGCCCAUCGCCGGACUGCGGGUCUGGAACUACAACAAGUCCCCAGAGGACUCGUACCGCGGGGUGAAGGUGAUCCGCAUGUUUCUGGACGACGUGGCCAUCUCCCCCGCCGACGGCUUCCUGAUCCGUAAGGGCCUGGGCCACUGCCACUUCGACUUCGCCCAGGAGAUGCUCUUCAUCGACGUGCUGCAGAACCCCAGGGAGCCUCACUACCAAGGGGGCGGGCCCACACCGGAGCUGGCCAGCAGGGACUACGAGGCUCCCAUCAUGCCUUGCGGCUUCAUCUUCCAGCUGCAGCUGCUGAGCACCUGGGGCGACCCUUACUACACGGGCCUGAACGGCCUGGAGUUCUACGACCAGAACCACCAGAAGAUCAGCCUCACUGACAACAACAUCGCUGCGUUCCCAGACAGCGUCAACGUGCUGCAGGGUGUGAGCGGAGACGUCAGGACCCCCGACAGACUGGUGGACGGAGACAACAGCAACCUGGACGGACACCACACCUGGCUCGCCCCCGUGCUGCCCGGCCUGGUGAACCGGGUGUACGUGAUCUUCGACCGCCCCGUCACCGUGUCCAUGAUCAAGCUGUGGAACUACUCCAAGACGCCGGCGCGAGGGGUCAAGGAGUUUGGGCUGCUGGUGGACGACCUGCUGGUCUACAACGGCGUCCUGCCCAGCGUGGGGCCCGUGUCCCGCGGCAUCCUGCCCACCUGCGACCCCGUGGUGCCCUACCACUCCAUCCUGUUCACCGACGACGCCGGCAUCACCCACCGCGAGAGGAACACCGUCAUCAGUAACUUCGUGGAGGACCAGGAUGUGAAGCUGACCAAUGAGAAUCAGAUUGUUUAUCACAACAAGAAGAAAGCGACUGCAGACCCGGCCCUGAGGCCGAAGACCUGCAUGACGGACGCAGGGGGGAAGAGGAGGUUCUGACAGCAGCCAAUCAGAGCCCUGGCCCCUCCCCUAAGAGGAGGUACUGACCAGCAGCCAAUCAGAGCCCUUGCCCCGCCCCCUCCCCUAAGAGGAGGUACUGACAGCAGCCAAUCAGAGCCCUGGCCCCUCCCCCUUUCCUAAGAGGAGGUACUGACCAGCAGCCAAUAAGAGCCCCUCCCCCUCUCCUAAGAGGAGGUACUGACCAGAAGCCAAUCAGACCCCUUGCCCCUCCCCUUUUCCUAAGAGGAGGUACUGACCAGCAGCCAAUCAGAGCCCCUCCCCCUUUCCUAAGAGGAGGUACUGACCAGCAGCCAAUCCGAGCCCCUGGCCCCUCCCCCUUUCCUAAGAGGAGGUACUGACCAGCAGCCAAUCAGAGCCCCUGGCCCCUCCCCCUAUCAUCACGGCCACUCCCUCAGAUUAUCAAGACAGCAGGUCGCCGCCACUCGGGGGCCCCGCCCACGUCGCCAGGGUAACCACUGGGGCAAAGUGGCCCUGCUCUACUUCCUGCUCAUCACCAGGUCAUGUGACUCAUGCUGUUGGCUGCACCCUCCCCACAUGAUUGGUUGGUGUUCACACACACACACACACACACACACACACACACACACACACACACACACACACACACACACACACACACACACACACACACACGUUCUCUUCACCAACGGUGCACCUGAAGUCCAUCACCAUGGCAACGAGCACACCCUCCUGCUGACUCCGCCCGUCGUAUCGCUAUGCAGCCGUCAGUCUGUCACCUCACAAGGGGAGCACAAUAGACUCACUCUAACCACCGUAUCAGUCUAUACCCUUAUUCUCUCAAAGUGACCUUUAUGGAUUCAUUGUUUUCCAUUAAAGAGAAAGAUUUUUGCAGAAUUAUAUGAUGUUGAAUGAUUAUAAAUUGCCAGUCAUGGUUUGGUCUAGCUGACGGAUACAUUUGAUAUUUUUAAUAUGCACUAUUAAGAUACCUCAAAGGGAAAAUAGAUUACAAAUGGGGGAAAAGUUGUACUUGUAGUUCCACUACUUGUAAUAGUUGUUUCUUUGUUUUCGUGUGGUACUGACUGAGGUAACUAAAACAUGUGAAACAUUUGACAGGAGGAAGUUCAUUCACACAUCAAUAAAAUGCAGUUUUAUGUAUUUCAUCUCAAUAUGUUAUCUUCUCUUCGUAGUUUUUUUCGCGUCAACAUCUUAUUUUUUUAGCUUGUUCAUUCGUGUGUACAUUGGUUGUAGGAUUAUUUAAGUGUUAAUAAAAAAUGGGGAACAACGUUUCUGAGUUUGUUGUGGACUGACAGCUCAGCACGAACAGGUUAGGGCUAGGGUUAAGGUAAGGGUUAAGGUAAGGUCGACCCUAACCCUAGGGGGCUAGGGUUAAGGUAUGGCCGACCCUAACCCUAACCCGGCCGCUAUGAGUUCAUGCAUUGUAGUCUUGAGAAAGUGGGUUGUGGAAAGAUAUUCAUAUAUAUUUAUAUUAAAAACUACACAACAUGAUUUAUUCUUUUUAAUUAUAUUCAAUACGGGAAAAACAAGGAAGAACAGCUCCAUGAUAUUCAAUAAUUGAAGCGUUUUAAUCAGACUUUGUUCCGUUGAAUAAUGUCUGCUGGCUCCCAUGUUAACAGCAGCAGGUGGUGGAGGGCUGACAGUGUUCUCCACCCUCAGCUCAUAUCUUUCCUGGGAAGGUUCCGUCCGCUCGCUGAUCCUCCCACUUCUGGACCUGAGGAGGUAAAGACGCUGUUGGCUACGAACGGCAGAGACGCUGUUGGCUACGAACGGCAGAGACGCAAUUGGCUACGAACGGCAGAGACGCAAUUGGCUACGAACGGCAGAGACACUAUUGGCUACGAACUUCCUCUGGUCCUUUAACCAUUCUGAAGGGUUUCAAAUCCACGACUAAAAUGUGGACUAUGAACUUCAAAACAAUCGCUGGUUUGUGUUCUACCCCAAUGAUCACGCAUGGACAUGGGGCAGAGGGACUUGUACACCCUCCUGUACCAGUCACACGGAGUCACGUCCACUCCUUUGGCCGUCAGAGACUUCUGGCAGCGGUGGAAGUCUGAAUGUAAAACAACAAGAGCCGCGAGGAAGGUACCUUUAGACAGCAAGCUUCACUUUGAUGAGCACUAUUAAAAAAGCAUACUUAAAAGAUGUACUCAUAUUCAUGUAUUGAGCUUAGCGAAUUAACAAAAAAUAGCAUGCAUGAAUUUGUAUUCUUUUUAGGAGCAUUUAUUUGAUGAUUUGAGGCUUACCCAGGUAGUUAGACCAGCAGUUCUUGGUCUGGUUCUGAUUGGGGAAUCUGGCGUCAAACGGAGCCGUUCGGUAAUUGUCGAGUUUGGUUUGAAUGUCCUCCAUCUUCAGACCUAAAAAAAUAAAUAAUAAUAACAUACAUUUGUGAAUGAUAAUAGACAAUAAUGCAAGACACCAAUGAAUUAAAUGAGUUUGUUGUCUUGAUUGAAUAGCAUGCUCUACAACAAAAAUAGCUAGGCCUAGUACAGAAACGUGAGCCUGUCAGUCAACCACAAAGAUGAUUGACAGGUGUUUACCUCGAGCUCUUUCCUCCCUGUUCAUUAACAUCUAUACGUGUCCUUAUAACAAAGGUAACAACAGGUAUUUAAAUUGGCAUGUAUUUGAUCAUUAUAAUUAAUACAAUUGAAAUUGAAAGAUUCGAUAUGUCUGCCUAUAUGCUGUAGCAAGAUAUAGAAAGUAGUACCGAGUGUUUUACCUGCAGGACGCUGGUUCAGAGUGACGCUAGAACUCAUAGCAGGUGAGACACGCAGCAGGUAAAACGUGCGGUCCUGCGGCGACGUGAUGGCGGCCAAGGACACGCCCGAACGACUGACGUGAACCAGGCUGAUCACAGGCGGCCGGUCUGAUCACAGGCGGCCGGUCUGAUCACACGCGGUCGGUCUGCGUCGCUUUGGAUAGCCUCACACAUAGCGUCAUGUGGAAGCGUGAAUAUAUUUAAGGGAUAAUGUAUAGAACAUGAUGACCUGAACAUUAUCCGGAAAAUAAGGCCCGACAGGGCGAACCUUCGCGUCGGCGAUAUUGCCCGGCGACGUUCUAUCCCGCUUAUUACACAACUACUUGCCAAAACGAAAAAAUAACUUCGUUUAGGGUUAGAGCCGUGUAAUAAAUAUAUUUAUU